AUGUUUGGCAUCAGUGCUCGUCGAAUCCUUGUCUCUCAGCGACUAGCUCGCUUCUCAUCUACUACAUCCUCAUAUGAACACAUUCUAGUGACUCGAGAAGGCAAAGUUGGAAUCGUCCAACUGAAUCGCCGAAAGGCCUUGAAUGCACUCUCAUCGCCCCUCAUGAAGGAAUUGAAUGAAGCUCUAAAGGCUUUUGAUGCUGAUGCGGCUGUUGGGUGUAUGGUCUUGACGGGAAGCGAGAAGGCAUUUGCUGCUGGUGCUGAUAUCAAGGAGAUGAAGGACAAGACCUUCCCUGAUAUAUACACGAGCAAUUUCAUUGCGGACUGGACGGGGAUUACCAAGAUUCGAAAGCCGAUUAUUGCUGCUGUCAAUGGAUUUGCUCUUGGUGGUGGAUGUGAGCUCGCCAUGAUGUGCGAUCUCAUAUACGCCGGCGCAACAGCCAAAUUCGGCCAACCGGAAAUAAAGCUCGGCACAAUCCCAGGAGCAGGUGGUACGCAACGCUUGACACACGCACUAGGAAAAUCCAAAGCAAUGGAAUUGGUUUUGACUGGCAACAUGAUUUCAGCUGAAGAAGCUGAAAAGGCUGGGUUGGUUGCUCGUGUAUACCCUGUUGAGAAGUUGGUGGAAGAGGCUGUCAAGACUGCUGAAGUGAUUGCGAGUUACUCGUCGCCGGUUGUUGUUAUGGCUAAGGAGGCUGUUAAUAAGUCGUUUGAAUUGUCGUUGGAAGAAGGGUUACAUUUGGAAAGAAGACUCUUCCAUUCUACGUUUGCUACCAAAGAUCAAAAAGAAGGAAUGUCUGCCUUUGCAGAGAAACGAGCUGCUAAAUUCACAAACCAAUAG